AGUUGUACAUGUAGUUUUAAUACCAAAUUUGAAGAAUUAGGUUUUUAGUAUUUUGUGGUUCUGCUAUAGUUUUAUUUUCAAAAAAUGUCCGACGCGGAAGAUGAUUUUAUGUGUGACGAUGAAGAAGACUAUGACUUAGAAUAUUCAGAAGAUAGUAAUUCAGAGCCUGAUGUGGACUUGGAGAAUCAGUACUAUAAUUCUAAAGCUUUAAAGGAGGAUGAACCUAAAACUGCUCUGUCAAGUUUUCAAAAGGUUCUGGAUUUGGAAGGAGGUGACAAAGGAGAGUGGGGUUUCAAAGCUUUAAAACAGAUGAUAAAAAUUAACUUCAAAAUGUGCAACUACAAUGAGAUGAUGAUGCGAUACAAACAGCUUUUAACUUACAUCAAGAGUGCUGUCACUAGAAAUUAUUCUGAAAAGUCUAUCAACUCAAUUCUAGAUUACAUUUCAACCUCAAAACAGAUGGAAUUACUACAGGAGUUUUAUGAAACAACAUUAGAAGCUUUGAAAGAUGCCAAAAAUGACAGGUUGUGGUUUAAAACUAACACAAAAUUAGGGAAAUUAUAUUUUGACAGAUGCGAGUAUUUAAAGUUGUCAAAAAUAUUAAAACAGUUGCAUCAAUCCUGUCAAACAGACGAUGGAUCUGAUGACUUGAAGAAAGGCACUCAACUUCUUGAGAUUUAUGCUUUAGAGAUUCAAAUGUACACUGCUCAGAAAAACAAUAAGAAGCUAAAGAAACUCUAUGAACAGUCCCUCCACAUCAAGUCAGCCAUUCCUCACCCACUCAUUAUGGGAGUGAUUAGAGAAUGUGGUGGAAAGAUGCAUCUACGAGAAGGGGAGUACGAAAAGGCUCACACUGAUUUCUUUGAAGCUUUCAAAAAUUAUGAUGAAUCGGGUAGCCCAAGGAGAACGACAUGUCUCAAAUACUUAGUACUAGCAAACAUGUUGAUGAAAUCUGGAAUUAAUCCCUUUGACUCCCAAGAAGCCAAGCCAUAUAAAAAUGACCCAGAAAUUUUGGCAAUGACGAAUUUAGUGAGUUCUUAUCAAAAUAAUGACAUCAAAGAAUUUGAGAAAAUCCUUAAAACAAAUAGGAAAAAUAUAAUGGAUGACCCUUUUAUAAUAGAGCACAUAGAAGAUUUACUCAGAAAUAUUCGAACUCAGGUCUUAAUCAAACUAAUCACACCAUACACCAGGAUACAUAUACCCUUUAUUUCUAAGGAAUUGAAUAUUGAUGCACCAGAUGUAGAAAAUCUAUUAGUGUCUUGUAUAUUAGACAACACAAUCCAAGGUCGAAUUGAUCAGGUCAACCACAUCUUAGAACUGGACAAAAAGACACAAGGAGCAGCAAGGUAUAAUGCUUUGGAGAAGUGGACUGUCCAGUUGUCAACAUUACAUCAGACAAUUAUUAAUAAAAUGGCAUAGCUAGUUCACACAUCUCUUGUCAUUCAGGCUUAAACUUGUGUUAAGAACUAAAUGAUUUGACUCAAACCACCCCAUCCUCUAGAUGUAAACAGUGUGGUUGGUCAACAUUGCUAGAACCAAAAGGUUUGGAAAAAUGGUGGAAAAUCUCUACUCUUGCAUCACUGAAAUGAUGUUUUGAGAUCAUCCAGAAGGUCCAUUUCAUCUUUCUUAUACUUAACACAGUCUUGGAGCAGUUGGUGUUCCUGAUAGUCAUUCGUUUUUGACCCACAGCAGGUAUUCACCUUUAUUUACCAUCUUUGCUUAUUGUCUAUUGAGGCAUUAUUUAUUUGUUUAUCCUUAUAAAGUACAUUGCAUUUUGGCAUAACAUAAACUAUUUGUGACAGGCUCAAAACAAAGCAUUUUGAUAGAUGUUCUAGCAUUCAUUUUCUUAUGAUUUUUUUUUGUAGUUCUGUUAGAAACAAUCACGUGUGAUUUGUUGGUAAAAAAAAGUAAUGUACUUUUAUUUCAUUCAUCUCAGGCAAACUUAAUAUUUAAGAUAGCAGUAAAAGAAAAGAUUGUGGAUGGUGAAAGUAAUAUAAUGACUUGAAUAACAGUUCUUGUGUGUAUUGAAAGUUCAGAACAGCUAUUACAUGUAAGUAUACAUUUUAAAAUAAAAAGUAAUCUCAGCAUGACAAACUUCUGAAGUUUGAAUGUGCUUCAAACAAAUCUAUAUAUAAUUUAUUUCUUUGAUAAGUCAUGUUUUGACACCCCUUCUUUCCUGAUUACAUAUACAAAACGAAAAAUUUGUUUUAAAAUUCACAUCUUGAAAGGUCCUAUUAGUGCUCUGUAAUAUAUUCACUUCUUUCAUAUGUUGAUGUUAGAGGAUAAAAUGUCUAGCAAAAGUAUAUUAUUAAUAGUAAAUGUGUGACAUUUUUAACAGACAUUAAGGACAAGUCAGGAAACAUCUGUCAGUUUCUUACAAGGCCUGUUCACAACUUACUUUGUACCAUGUGGGUUUUAGCUCUAAGUUAUCAAACAAUGUUUAAAGUUAACAUGUUUAAAUAUUAAAGUCUUAUUUUGUUUCUCACUCUUUGAAAGUUAAUGGAAUUUGUGUUUGGGUAUCAGUAUUGUAUGUAGACAGGUUAAAAAUGAUAAUAGAAAACUUGUGUUGUUAAUAAUCUUUGCAUCUACUUGUUUUUAAUAAGAAACAUUAUAAUGGUAGAAUGUAAGCUGAAACUUUUGAAACAUAUAUAAAAAAACCUGUGCAAUUUUGCAUUAUCGUACAUUUCUCAGUGCCAUAACCAUUUAAUAAAAUUUUGAUGAUUGAAGUGCAAAAAAAAGUAGAACAUUGGUUUGAAUAUUUACAAUCUCAGUGGUUAAUUUAUUCCAAGAAUUGUUACUUAGUCUACUAUAAUUAGGGAUU